CUGCUGACGUGGGGCGUUCAGGUACUCCCCUCGCCUUCAACAUACAAAGAGACAAAAUGGAGCUGGCCCUACCUGGCUGAGGAAAAGUACAGUUGAGCGCAAUAUUAUGCAUAACCUGCAGUUUUAUAUUUUAUGAAAUAAUAAUAAGCUAAGUCGACUGAUACCCCGAGGAAAGAGGAAUAAAAAUGUUCUGGACGUUAAUAAUCGCCGCCUUAAUGGCAACAGAGUCCGCCAUGGCCAUCUCAGUUCAGUGCCCCACAAAGAGGUACAUUGUCAUCCUCUUCCAGCCCGUCACCCUCACCUGUAACUACCAGACAACAGCCAUUCAGCCUCCUGUUGUCACGUGGAAGUACAAAUCGUAUUGUCGGGACCCCAUCCAGGCUGCAUUUAAUCCCAGCAGUGCAGAGAACAUCCUGUCUCAGAACAACCCCAACUACGACGCCAACAUCGAGUGCGCCGACAGCCAGAGGACAGUGCGCAUAGUGGCCUCCAAGCAAGGAAAUGCUGUUACCCUCGGCACAGAUUACCAGGGUCGCAAGAUCAGCUUCAUAAACGAUGCAGACCUGAAUAUUGCUCAGACGGCAUGGGGUGACAGCGGUGUCUACGUCUGUUCUGUGAUCUCUUCGCAGGACCUUUCAGGAAACGGUGAAGACUACACAGAACUAAUUGUUCUCGAGAGAAAGUCAAAUACUACUGACCUCCUGCCUGGCAUUGACUUACUGGUUAUGGAAGACUGGCUCCUUGUUGUUUUGGUGGUUUUUGGCUUCCUGUUGCUGCUGCUCCUGAUUGGGAUCUGCUGGUGCCAGUGUUGCCCACACACUUGCUGCUGCUACGUUAGCUGCCCUUGUUGCCCCGACCGCUGCUGCUGCCCACGAGCAUUGUAUGAGGCAGGAAAAGCGGUGAAGAAAGGUGUGCCCAGUCAUUAUGCUCCCACCCUCUAUGCUCCCAGUAUGUAUGCUCAGCCACCAUACAGUGGCCCACUAAUGAACCAGCCUGGUAUACCCCUGCUUCCUUUACCCAACGGAGGAGGACACCCACUUCCCCAGAAUGGUUACAGUCGUGAAUAUGAUGGCGCCAGCUCAGUUGGGCAGGGCUCCCAGUUACCUCUGCUGCAUGACCAAGACAGUGGAGCGGACCACACUCGCAGUGGGUAUCGUAUCCAGGUAGACCCUGAUGGGAACGCAACACGUGCCAUUUACUAUAUGGAAAAGGAGCUUUCCAAAUUGGACCCAUCCAGACCUGUCAACUACAACCGCUUGGAUAAUAUGAGUGAAGUCAGUUCACUGCACGAUAGCUCAGACCCUCGAGGCCGCGGUGGUCGUUCCCAGCCACCACCUCUGGCCACUGUCUAUGACCGGGAUGAAGCCAUGAGCACCAUCAGCAGUGUUUCCCAGCAAGGCCACUACCGUGAUGACUACCCGCGCCGUGGUGGAGGGUACAUGGGGGAUCGCGUACGUGCGCGAUCCAUGGACAACCUCGACAACAUCGGACAGCGCCAUGGCCGAGAUGACUACCCACCACACCGGCGCCCGGAUGAGCCCAGAGGCAGGAGAGGCUCAGAUGAUGAUGGGUGGAGCAGUAGUGCCCGCAGUGGCUACGACCGUGACUUUGACGACCGCAGGCGUCGUGACUACUCCCCUGAUGAUCGUCGCAGAGGAGACGGAGGGGCCUAUGGUGGCCUCCCAGGGAGACGCAGCCGCAGCCGUGACGAUGUGAUGGACCUGGAGAGAGAUCGCCGGCCUGGCGGCGGCGCCAGGGGUGGGAGAGAUGAUUAUGAUGACACCUUAUUGCGAGAAGCCAUGGAGAGGAAGAAGAUGGGCGAGCAGCAGAGGGCACGCACGGAACGACUGGACAGCGAGAGCGACCGCUCAGACCGAGGGAGAGCGCCACGUGGGCCCCCACCACUUCCUCAGAACCCGCCCUCUGGACAUCCCGGUCGCCGUGAUGACUACCCACCUCCUCCACCACCACCGUAUAGUGAAGAUGAAAGUGUGUCAUCUUCAAAGAAAAGCAACCUCCGCAAGAAUGGAGCUGUGAGUCGGGAGAGCCUGGUGGUGUAAAACCAACCAUGAUGUGAGCAACCUGUCCAACAAUGCAGCUUUGAUCCAUCUAAAGAAAGGACCAGUUGAUGUCUAAGACUGUAAAUAUUAGUCACACUGCUAAUUUGCUGUGCUGUGUUUCAGACUUUACAGUAAACGUAUCAUGAUGAAUGAUGCUGAAUGUGUAUGUAUAAUUUUCUAACAGUGAAGAGGUGCACAGAUGAAAUGUUAUGUGCCUUUUCAUGUAUAAAAUAUUGUGGCUGCCACAAGUGCCUUAGAGUGUACAGAAUUUUACUUGUAGAUGACGUGAACGUCAAGUUGAUAAAUAGUUUUCUGUAAUGGUCUUCACAUCUUGACGAGUAAACGUGUUCCAAUUGGUUUCAACUUUGUUAACUUUUUUAAAACUUUUAUGUAGUUUCAAUUAGCUCAUACAGGUACUGAUGUAGAUUUGUAGGGGUCUAUAUGUUUUCUUUUUACACCUAAGAAAAACUAUGUACAUUCAAAGGAAUUGAUCUUAUCUUUGCUUUUAGUCGUGUUACAGUGCUCAAUAUUUAGAAACCUGCUGAACAAAAUAUUCUUGGUUAGAAUUUGUUUGAGUACUUGCAUUGUAUUUUUUGUUUUCUUUUUUACAAAAGUUUUAACCUGCAGUAUAUUGUACAGCCGACAAGUUAUACGCUUUGACAAUGCAAAUGUUUAUUGUGAUGCGAUGAAACCUAAUUUUACAAUAAAGGUCUCAAUUGUCAGGCCA